AACAGCAUAUACUGCUCGGGGCUGUCAUUACAGAAGCGCGCGUUUCGUGAAAAAGUCGCGGUGCGUUUCAUUGUAAGAGCAGUGGGCCGUUUCAAUGAUUAUAACUUGUUUCGAUAUCAAGUCAGGGUACAAGUACAGUGUAUUGGUGUUGGUUGCUCUUGGAGUACAGACUGUAAUAUUAUCAUAUUAUAACUACUACGAAGUUAAGACGAACAAAAUACGGGAUACUUUACAGCAACAUAUUCAAGCUAGUUCACUGAUAAGAGGAGAAUACAGGGUAGUUUAUAAUUUCAAGUCGCACUUGAAUACAAGCGAGAAGCUAUUGCAGAAUGACGUCACGUUAGUGACGCAAUGUUCGGUUAACAAUUUGUACCAUUUAAUCGAAACAUUGCAGUUAUGGAAAGGUCCCAUCUCGGUCGCACUUUUCGUACCCGGUAGCAGCAUCAUACACGCAGAACUAGCGAUCAAAUUCAUCAAACAAUGUUUUCCUUUAAGGAAAGUUCAGUUCCACCUUGUUUAUCCAGAGCAUCAUACUCCGACGUUUGACGGGAACAAUUUAGAAAUAUGGGUGGGGCUUUUAUUCGCAAACGACCGAUUGAGGUGCAAAGACCUGUUUGAAACAUUGAGCAGUAUUGAAGGGGAAAACUAUGCAACAUGGGGAAUUCCCUACCCACAGAACACUCUCAGGAACGUUGCGAAACUGGCUGUUCAAACCGAAUACCUCAUCGUGCUUGAUAUCGAUGUAAUGCCGAGCUACGGUUUGCGAGAGAACUUUUUGGAAAAGGUUUUACGAAAUCGUGGUAGGAACAAAACGGCAGAGACCAAAAUAGCUUAUAUUCCACCUGCGUUUGAACUGAAAAUAAACGAACAGAUGCCCGAAAAUAAAGCGCUACUACUUACCGCUUGGAAAUCAAAUCAAAUUCGACCUUUCCAUUAUGAAACCUGUCCAUCAUGCCACAAACCUGCAAGGUAUGAUGAAUGGAAAGCGAUCUCAACGAAUUUAAAUUUGGGCAUCGCGUAUGAGGCGGAGUGGCAACCAUCGUGGGAACCUUUUUAUAUAGCCCACACCUCCCACACACCAGAUUACGACGAACGUUUCAAGCAAUAUGGCUACGAUAGAAUCAGUCAGAACUGCGAGUUGCGCCUGUGUGGGUUCACAUUUGUGGUGAUGGCGAAUUCAUUUGUGGUUCAUAAAGGAUUUAAAGAGAGAGGGAAAUUUCACCACGAAAAAGAAGUAGAAAACAAAAGAAAUUUUAAUUUAUUUCAAAACGUUUUUAUCCCGGAAAUGACAAAGAAAUAUUCAAGUUCGGGUGUGGAUUGUUUGGAUUCGGGCAGAAGAAAGGGGAAGGCAAAAAUUACAUUUCGUCAACAUUUCAACAAGAACACCAAGGAAAAGCUCUUGAGAAACGGAGACCAAGUUGAGCUCUGAAUCUCCAGCAUACAAGUAUAGCUAGUAUGGCUUAUCUUUUGCUAUCAUUAAUUUAAAAGUCCAGCCGGUAUAUUUUAAUAAUAAUCAAAGCAACAGCAGAGUAUCAAAAGCAAAAGCGUUUUUUUUUACAAAAAUAUAAGCAAAAUAAUAUAUAUAGCUCCAACUUAGUCAUAUUACUAUACUGCACAUGCCAUAUUGAAAUAGGCGCAAAUCUUUCCCGUAGAUAUUUGUCUUGUCAUUGGGUAUCGCUAUACCAGUACUUCUCUUUCGUCUGCGGUAUCUUUGGCGUAGCUCACCAGUUCGUCCAUUUCGUCGUCGGAGCUAUCGCGUAAUACUGUGGCUGAAGUCACAUCUGCGUCGUUUAAGUGAUCGUAACGUGCAGAAGCGCCGUUCUCAUUUGUGAGCGAACCGUAUCCAUCUCGACGCUUAUGCCUUUGCCGAAUAAAUACAACAAUCCCAACGAUGACAAGAGCCGGCAAUAUGAAAGCAAGUGUUAUAACUGCAAAGAAGAUAGUUUAGUUGUUCUGUUUUAUAUCUGCGAAUUGAAUAGAUUUAAAGGCUGUAGCUGCAUUUCGACAAUGAUAGCUAUCGUAAACUGAUA